AGAUAUAUAAAGGAAGUGUUAGUGGGCAAUCAUCACUGCAAGAGUUGAUCAUCUUGGAACCAAGUAAAUUCAGUGGAGGCCCCAGAGUAUCGCACCCCUGGUUACAUUAGGGGAACCCGACGACCUACAUUCAGUAAGUACAAAAUGGAACGAGGACGUCCUGCUGCUGGUAUGCUUCUAUUCCGACGAUAUGCCGGGGAAAUUCAAUAUCUACUACUUCAAAAAUCAUCUGGCGCACAUCAUUGGAGCCUACCAAAAGGCCAUGUCAAAAAGUGGGAAGAUCCUUUCAUGGGAGCUAUUCGUGAAACUUUCGAAGAUUCAGGGUAUCUUGAGAAAGAUCUCAAAAUUUAUACGGAUAUUACCACAACUUCCGAAUAUAUCGUGAAAGGCAAAUUCAAAACAGUCAUCUAUUGGUUAGCUGAACUGAUCAAUCCAGAGAUGCUUCUUCAUUUAUCCAGUGAACAUGAGGAUUACAAAUGGUUGCCGAGAGAAGAGGCUAAAGAUCUAGCACACUAUGAAGAGUUAUCAAAUGUCAUAGAUUGGGCUGAGGAGCAAAUUCUGAAACUACAAAAGUGAUCCUCGUUUUUAAUAAACAAACAUCCUUCCUAUUUACAUUUGCUGCAUACAUACAUUAGAAAUAUGAUAAUCAAAAAUGGUGAUGUGAAAGAAGCACAAUUUGUUAGUUUUAUUAAGGUUUUGUUUCAUCCAAAAUUAGUAACGAUUAAUACUUAGAAGAUCUUAAGAAAUAACAAUUAUGACCUAAGAUAUUACUCCAUCCGCUUGGAUGAUCGUACCUUUGUGUACUACCUUUUGUUUUCCCUGGUCCUGUAAAGAAUGAAACCCUUAAACUCUAGAGCUGUGUGAAUUUCAAAAGUGGUUUGAAUCUUCAAAACGAAUAUGAUAUUGAAUAAAGUUUUAUACUGAGAAAUGAAACAG